CUGUACCAAGCUUGAUCAUAUAAAAUGUGCGACUCUUUCUGCAAUCAAUCAAAUCAUAUCAAAUGUACGAUUAAAAAAGUGCAUAUUUAUUAGCUAAAUUGUGACAUGUAAACAAUUUAAUCACUCUUUUAACUUUCACCGUGCUUGUUUAUGGUUGGCCAACAUUUAAUUCGCCCUAGUGUUCAGAUUGCUGGCGUGAAUCAUAACAAAAAGUCUUCAAAUUCUUACAAACAGAUCGUGUUUAAGAGAUAUUUUUCUUUCUGUUGAGAUACUACAUCCAGCAUGGACGAAGAUCGUCUCAGGGUUCUAGUGAAACUGACCCAGGAGGGACGAUUUAGCUCUCUGAAAGACCACAUGGAGACAUACGGACUUAUGGAAGCUGCCCGAGAUAAACACUUCGGCCGCUCCGGCGACACUCUCGUACACUACGCCGCCAGACAUGGACACUUGAACAUUUUGGACUUUCUCAUCAAAGACGUCGGUACCGAUGUGGAAGUCUAUAACAACGACUACAAGCGGCCGCUGCACGAAGCUGCUUCCAUGAGCCACCUUUCAUGUGUCAGCUAUCUACUGCAGAGGGGUGCGAUGGUGGACAGUUUAAAGAAGGCAGAUUGGACCCCUCUCAUGAUGGCUUGCACCAGGAGAAACCUGAAUGUGAUCAGAGUGCUGAUGGAGCACUCCGCCGACCCGUUCCUGAGAAACAAAGACGGCUGGAACGCCUUCCACAUCGCGUGCAGGGAGGGCGAUCCCCUGGUGGUCGGCUACCUCCUCGACGUCGCUCCUGAUGUGUGGAAAACGAAGAGUAAAACGGGCAGGACGCCUCUGCAUACGGCAGCCAUGCACGGCUGUGAGGAAGUUGUCAACAUCUUGCUUGAGAGAUGCAGUUACGCAUCGGACGACAAAGACAGCUGCGGAAUCACUCCUUUUGUGGACGCUGUGAGAAACGGACACGUCUCAUUGGCCAGGCGUCUUCUGGAAAAACACCAAGCAUCUCCAACUUCUCUUGACACCCUUGGGGUUCAGCCAGUGCACCAGGUUGCCGUUACCGGCCAGGAGGAGGCGCUGUGCUUCCUCGUCAGGGAGUUGCAGGUGGAUGUGAACCAGAGAGCAACUGGUUUAGAGCUCACCGCUUUGCAUUAUGCUGCCAAGGAAGGCCACGUUUCUACGAUAAAGGCACUGCUCGAUUUGGGGGCAGAUCUUCACGCUCGGGACAAGAAAGGAAGAACAGCUCUACACAUGGCUUCCAUCGGGCAACAUGCAGAAGCCGCCAAGACUCUGCUGCGAUUCGGACUGGAAGAUUACCAGGAUGAAUCUGGCACUACAGCACGGGAGCUCGCCCAAAAAUCAGACGUCAUUCAAGUUUUUGACUGUAGUUAAUAGAAUAUUCAAAAUAAAAAAUAUCGGUGUUUUCGUCAACGACGACGACGAUGAAAACGUGUCUUUGGAAGACUAAAGCAUAAUGACACAAAUGCCAGUUUUCUUAUAACAAGGCGAGAGCGAGACGAAAAUGCACCAAAGUCUCCGUCACAUGUUCGCAAUGCCUAACAUUUUUAUGUAUAGUUAGCUUGCAAUGUGGCAGCAGUGUCUGGUUGUGUCACAUUUAUGACGUGCAGCGCCCGCCCCCUCCUAACUCACCAAUGUCCUCUCCAGACUUGCUUGUUUUGAAACAUGCUCAAUAGGAUUUGUUUUCUUAUCUUGGCAAGAGAGAAUAUGGAAUGUUGCUUUAGCCCACACACUAAAUGUAACUUGUAGCAUUAGCAUAGCAUAGCGUCUGAGUUUUCAUCAACAAAAGCUAGACGAAGCCAAACAUAUUUUGAAAUGACUAAAAUAUGACAAAAUAAUAAUUAUUAUCAUCCAAAACGGUGGUGUGCCAUGGGCCUUUUUUUCAUUGUGUGGGGAGAAAAUGACUGUAAAUAUAAAAUAACACUACGGGGUUAAAAACAAACAUUAACUCAUUCACUCUGAGCAAUUUUCACCGGAGCAAGGCCCUUCGCUCCCGGCCGUUUUACUGGAUUUUGACUGAUUUUGCAAGGCCCGCAAAAAAUUCUUUUCUAUUUCUAUAUAAACAUGGAACGCACCAAAAGAAAGAUUAGACUCUCUUCUUUCAGCAGAAAAAAAACUUAGUUCAUAUCUUUUUCCAUUCUUUAGAAAUCAGCAUUAGAAAAUAGCUUAGUUUGAGCAAUUUCCCAAUUUCUGAUGAAAAAACGAAAUCGACCAUUUUGUGAAAUCAUACAUUUCAAACAUAACUUUGAGUUAUACACAGCUAUUUUUUGCUUUAGUUACAUCCCAAACGUCUGAAUGUUUUCGUUUUACAAAAUAAGAUAAACAACAAGAUAAAUAGAGCUUUUGAUAGCAAAGUAAUAAUUUAUUUACACAUAACUAACUGAAAGAUGACGCUGUUCUGGCCGCGACAGCCAGUUAAACUUUUCACUCAUCGCCGUCUGUCUCAUAAAGAUGAAUUUUUUUGAGUUUCUGCGGGCUCUGCUCGCGAGCAGCACGAACUCAAAGGCUACGUUCGCUGCACUACUGGUCCCGGUCAUUCUGCUCGGUCGCCCAGCGCCUGGCAUCCCGGGCGUCCUACCGGUUGUUCUGCUCGGUCGUCCGCCGCCUGGCAUCCAUUCGGUCGUCUUACGGUCUUUAAAUGCAAAUU